AUGCACUUUCACGAAAAGCCUUCUACUGACCUUUUCUAUGAUACUGAGAUAGUGACUCAACUCUACCAACACAUUUUGUCUUUGGUAUUUGCUGUAAGGGAGAUCAAUGAAAACCCACAGAUUUUGCCCAACCUCACUCUGGGCUCCCAUAUCUAUAACAGCAACUUUAUUGCAAGCGGGACGUAUCAUGCCUCAAUGGAAGUAUUCUCAACACAAGGCAAAUUAAUCCCUAACUACAAGUGUGAAACAGAGAACAAUCUAGUGUCAGUCAUUGGAGGACCUAAUUCUGAAGUCUGUAUCCACAUGGCAGCCAUCUUGUCCAUUUACAAGAUUCCACAAUUCACCUAUGGUUCUGCUUCUGAGAUGAAUAGGAAAACUCAGGCUAUAUCCUAUCACCAGAUGUUUCCAGAUGUAUACAGACAAUAUCAUGGGAUUCUUGAGUUACUAUUGCAUUUCCAGUGGACAUGGAUUGGAGUGAUAUAUGACAAUGAUAACAAUGGAGAGAGAUUUAUCCAGGAUGCUCUUCCUAUAUUUUCUCAAAGAGGAAUUUGUUUUGAUUAUAUUGAAAGAUUCCCAGUAAUUACAUCAGUUACUGACAUUGAUAAGAUGGUGACAGAGGGGAUGAACAUGUAUGAAGUCAUAAUUGGAAGUAUUACCAAUGUAUCCAUUAUUUAUGGUGAAAUUGAAUCCAUGGUAUUUGUCAGACUGUUUCCCAUGAUAUCAAAACAUGAGGAUGUAGCAAUAAAGGAAAGAGGAAGGGUUUAUAUUAUGACAGCCCAGAUGGAUUUCACAUCAUUCUCCUUUCAAAAGAAUGAAGACAUAGUUUUGCUUCAUGGUGCCCUGUCCUUAGCAGUUCAUUCAAAGGAGGUCCCAAGAUUCACUGAAUUUCUUCAGUUGACAAAUGCUACCUAUGAAAAAGGAGAUAGCUUCAUUCAGGUUUUCUGGGAAAAGGCUUUUGGGUGUUUCUUUUCUGCAUCUGUAGUAGACAGGAAAGAAGGACUCUCCUGCACAGGUGAGGAGAAACUGGAGAAUCUCCCAGCAUCUGUGUUUGAAAUGAGCAUGACCUCCCAUAGCUACAACAUCUACAAUGCAGUCUACACCGUGGCAUAUGCUUUGCAUAACAUGCUUUCAUUUCAAUCAAAAAAGAAAAAGAGUGUCCAUGAAGUAACCCAAAGCCUACUGCCUCAACAUCUGUGGAAGCUCAACCAUUUUGUGAAAAUCAUUUCAUUCAACAACAGUGUUGGGGAAACAGUUUUCUUCAAUCAAAAUGGAGAAAUGGAAACUGGAUUUGAUAUUGUCAACUGGGUAACAUUCCCAAACCUUUCCUUCCUUCGAGUCAAAGUUGGAGACAUACAAGCCUUGUCUCUCGCAGAAAAAACGUUGUCUAUUUCAGAGGAAACCAUAAUCUGGCCAAAGUGGUUUAAUGAGGUAGGUUCUCCUUUUUCUCUCUGCAAUGACAAUUGUCAUCCAGGUUACAGGAAGGGGGAAAAGGAAGGGAAACCAUUUUGUUGCUAUGAUUGCCUUCCUUGCCCAGGAGGGAAGAUUUCUAAUCAGAAAGACAUGGACAACUGCUUUCACUGCCCACAAGAUCAUUAUCCCAAUGAGGAGCAAAAUUUAUGCAUUCUAAAAUAUGUAACAUUUUUGUCUUAUGAAGAAACUUUGGGGAUCAUCUUCACCAGUUUUAUUAUUUCUUUUUCUCUCAUUACCCUUUUGAUGCUCUGGCUCUUCAUUAAACACAAUGACACCCCUAUUGUGAAAGCCAAUAAUGAGACCCUCAUGUACAUUCUUCUCGUCUCCCUCCUGCUCUCCUUUCUCUGUGCUUUGCUAUUCAUUGGCCAACCUCGUCAGUGGACAUGCCUUCUUCGGCAAGUUACUUUUGGCAUCAUCUUCUCCGUGGCAGUUUCUAGCAUUUUGGCAAAGACUAUCAUUGUAAUUCUUGCUUUCAUGGCUACCAAGCCAGGAUCCAGAAUGAGAAAAUGGAUGGGAAAGAGGCUGGGUCUUUCUAUCAUCCUUUCUUGCUCUUUUAUUCAAACCAUUAUUUGUAUUAUAUGGCUAUCUAUCUCAUACCCAUUUGUAGAUGUUGACAUGCAUUCCAUGCCAAAGGAAAUUGUAUUGAUGUGUAAUGAAGGGUCAACUGUCAUGUUCUACUGUGUCCUUGGUUUUAUGGGUUUCCUGGCAACUAUUAGUUUCGUAGUGGCUUUCCUGGUCAGGAAGUUACCUGACACCUUUAAUGAAGCCAAAUUUAUCACCUUUAGCAUGUUGAUAUUUUGCACCAUCUGGCUAUCAUUUAUUCCAACAUACUUGAGCACAAAGGGGAAAUAUAUGGUGGCUGUUGAGAUCUUCUCCAUUUUGUGCUCCAGUGGCGGGUUACUGGCUUUUAUCAUCUUCCCAAAAUGUUACAUUAUUUUGGUAAGGCCUGAUUUAAAUAACAAGGAACAGCUAAGAAAGGGAAGAAUUUAA